AUUCCAAUUAUUCUCCACCAGAAGAUUAAAUCAAACACAAUUUCCAGAAUGUCUUCUUGGGUUUCAUUCAUUCUCCUGGUAUACUUGUGCUUCUCUUUCAACGGUGUCUCCGGUGCAAGACACCGAAAAAAGAAGCACCCUACAGCCGUUCUUACCGGAACGGUGUACUGUGACACCUGUUUCCGUCAAGAAGUACCCAAAUCCACCCACUUGAUCUCAGGCGCAACGGUGGCGGUGGAGUGUGGCAGCGAUGAUGAAAAACCGAGGUUCAAGGAAGAGGUGAAGACCAAUGAAAAGGGCGAGUUCGAAGCUAAACUACCACCUUAUGUCAGCAAAAAUGCAGAGAAAAUUAAGGCGUGUUCGGUUCGAUUGAUUCACAGCAACGAACAGAACUGUGCGGUGGCGGCCACCGCCACCUCAUCAGAGAUCCAUUUCAAGUCAAAAAAAGCCGGAACCCAUGUUUUCUCAGCCGGGUUCUUCACAUUCAAACCGCAAUUAUGUAACGAGAAGGAUUUGAUCCCACCUACUGGUGGCGGGAUGCUUCCUCCACUACCUGUACCGGACUUACCCAUUCCAUCCCUAGUUCCCCCCGUCCCACAACUCCCUGGGGUUCCCCUACCAGACUUACCCAUUCCAUCCCUAGUUCCCCCGGUCCCACAACUCCCGGGGGUUCCCCUACCACCCAAUACCCGCCAAAAACAUUCGGAAAAAAAUAAAUUGUCCGAUCAAAAAACAUUCGGGUUCCCCUUCCCUCCGAACCCGUUUCAACCACCCACACUCCCGCCACUGCCGCUAGUGCCAUCGCCGCCAUCGAUAUUUCCCCCACUCCCAUUCCAACCACCACCGCCGUCGUUGCUUCCUCCUAUUUUCCCGUCACCACCACCGGCGUCGUUGUUUCCACCACUACCCUUUCCGCCAAUACCGAGUUUGAUUCCGUCGCCACCGCCACCGCCUCCACCAGCGUUCCCGAUUCCUCUACCUCCAUUGCCUCCUCUGAUUCCGGGAUUUCCUCCCGUCCCGCCUGCGUCUACACAUCAACAUGUUGGGAAAACCAACCCUUGAUUAUUGUCGUAUAUUAAUACUAUACUAGUGUUAUCGACUUUAUAUUAUAAUCUUUUGAAGUAACUUUUCCAUACAUGUUGAGCUUUUCUUAUAGAUCAUAUAUAUGACACUUACGAGUAUCCAUGAUUCCAUGAAUAAAUUUUAUAUUGUAAAAAGCUUGUGUUAUCAUAUAUAUUAUAUAGUGAUUUUGAGUUUAAA